UGGAUGUGUUGCUCUUCAGCCUGCAUUUGCCAUGGCGUCUGCUCUGCCAGAGUGCUACCAUGGUCCCAUAAGCAAGGCAGAGUGUGAGGAGCUGCUGGCCAAGAAGAAAAAGGAUGGAGCUUACCUGAUCCGAGACAGCGAGACCAUCCAAGGAGCCAUGUGCCUGUGUGUGUUGAAAUGGAAGGUGGUGCAUACGUAUAGACUUUUCCGGACCCACUCUGGAAACUACACUCUCAUGACGGCAACAGGUGUGAAUGAAUCAACAUUUAAGACUUUAGACGAUCUGAUCCGUAAUUACAAGAGGAGAAACCAGGGCCUGGUCAUGCACCUGCGGCACGCCGUCAAAAGGAAGAUGGACCUGAUGAUCCAGAGCAGGCCGCCACAUGUUCCAGAAAGACCAACAGGCGUGUCGAACCCACCAGCCGCUCAGUCGCCGCAGAGGAACUUGGUUCCCGUCCCUGAUAACGAUUAUGAGAAUGUCGUUGAGUCUGAUUACGUGGAAGUCCUUCCUGAUUGAUACAAAAAGCAAGACAUUUUUCCCCAUGCUUGGAUUUAUGAAGAGGACUCAGCACCUUAAACAGAACAUUUAAACGCUUUCAAAUGAACCAGCAAAUGUUUUCGUGGGGAAGUUUGUUGUUUGUUUGCUCUGAAGUUCAAAAGAACAGACUUGACCUGAGCGUGGAUAACAAGCUUCAAUUUCUCUUAAAACAACUUUUUUACUCGUCACUUUUUCUCUUCAGUGCAGAGUUUGGGGGGAUUUGGCCUCAUUUUGAUCCAGAAGGAAUCAUUUUAAAUGUCGUGGACAGAGUCUGCAUGUCGUCAUGCUGAGGAAGCUCCACCCACUGAGCUGGAACGAGCUGGUUUGAAAGGAUUUGGUCUGUCUGUGGCAGACAGGAUGAAGUGCAGAAGCAUGAAGCUCGCUCCGGUUCCUUCCACAAAUGUCAGCUUGUUCUCAUAGGUUUGUGAUGCAUGCUUGGUAAUCUUAAACCAUGAUAAUGGCUUAGUAACUGUUGCCUUUGUGGCUGCUGCGGUUUAACUCAUGCAGUACAAUGACUGGUUUAGAAACUCUCCACCAAGAAGCUAGUUAUCAAAGAGAUAAACGAAGGAUAAAAAGGUGGAAACCUCAUUAUAAAGGAGGUGUGGGAAGUGCAAUGACAUGCAAGUGUAAAGUGUAAAUAGAGAUGUAUCCACUGUGUUACUUGAAGCCACAUUAGAGAGCUGUCCUUAAACAAACAUGUACAUGCUUCCAAAGAAACUGAAGACUAAAGCAUCACACAGAACAAAGUAUGCAGCGAUCACUGCCUUUUACCAGACUCACGUUUGCUUUUUGAUGUAAAUGUAAAAAUGUUGUUUGAUGGAUGCUUUUUAUUCUUUGACAAGCCACAUGUUUGUUCUACCGCUGUAAAACCACAAAGUUUCUGCACACAUUGCACAAGUUUGGGAGAUGCUGCCUGGGCACGACUGGUUUCUCUGAAACAGUUUAAGUUUGCUCUCAGUGCAAAGGGAUUUGUAUGUUUGACACGACCUGAACGCCUCAUCAGCUUUACAACAACUGAAGCUGAAAACCACUUGAGAUGAAUUCAACGUUACGUCUCAUCCUGACUGCAGAACCACCGAAAGAUCACCUGUCAUCUGAAGACACUGCAUAACUGCAGGCCACAUCUUUUCAUGUGGUGUGAGCCUUCAAUAGUCCCUUUUCACAGAGACGUCGAACAAAAUGGCGACAGGACCCACAAAGUGAAAAGUUACUUCAAGUUUUCGGAUUUAGAACGGCAAAGCUGACAGCUGAACAUUGUUUGACACAGUUUUACAUAAAUAAUAAAAGGUCAUUUUAGCAAUUUCAGCAGAAAGAUGUACAAUAUUUA